UUUCAUAAUAUUAUCGAUUGCAGCACUGUAACAGCUGUUCUGACUCGUUCCUCCGCCGUUUUCGUUGAACAAUUUUAUGUAUUUUUAAGUUAAAACCAACAUAGAAAAUGUCGUUUCUUGCGCAAACUGUGCGCCAAGUGCUGCGCCAGGCCCCGACACGAACUUCUGCGCUGACGGGUGCCAUGCGCUCUUUGAGUCUGGCACCGGCUUUGUGGCAACAAAACAAACCUGCCGCCGCCGACGCCGCGAUUGAUGUGGCAGCCAUUGCCAAAGAUCAGCAGAAGGAGUGCCAGAGCAUCUGCGAGAGGGUCAAUCAACAGGUGGCCAAAAUGGAGCAGGGCCGCCUCUUUGCCGUGGUCCAUCUCUGUGGAAAACAGUUCAAGAUCACCGCCGGCGACAUCAUCCUGGUCGAGGGCUACUGGCCGCCCACGAUAGGCGACGAGAUCAGCCUGGACAAGGUACUGCUGGCCGGGGCUCGCGACUUCACCCUGAUCGGACGUCCCAUCCUGGAGUCCGGCCUGGUCACAGUGAAGGCCACCGUUGUCGAGAAGACUCUGACCCACACGAAGACACACUUCAGGAAGAAGCGCAGGAAACAGUAUAUGCGAAUCAAUUUCCAGCGUUCGCCCAAUACCAUGAUACGGAUCAACUCCAUUGAGCUGGCCCGCCCAGUGGAUGCCAGUUCAGAGGCGGAAAAGGAGCCCUCAAGGCGCUUGUUUUAGUUUAAAAUCUGUUUUUCUUUUUUUCUUUUUGUAUUUGAUUGAAUGAAGUGAUUUCAGUGACCAGAUACUACUAAAAGCUGUUUAUCAAGGAAAUUAUAUCCAAAUCUAUGAUAA